GGGUGUAUGUGGGCGGCGACUUUUGACCCUUUCGAAAACAAUAUCUCUUCCCGCUCUUCCCGCGCACAAUACCCUGAACAUAUCGCCAGUCUCGUUGAUCAUAUACGCCUGGACCGUAGCUCCCCAAGUUCAUCUUUAGAUCAGAUAUGGCAAGAUUUGGAUUUAGAAAACCUUGAGAUGGGCGGGCACUGGAGAAGGCGAUGUAGAAGACUACUUCAAGAACAAGAUUUUCCCUAGACCGGCACCGUCAGAUACCCUGAAGCGUGUCGCUAGUUGUCCGAUGGUCAAAAAAACCGUUCCUGAUGUCAGAUCAAAGUUCAGAGUCAGUACUCCUUGUCCUGAUCUGCUUUACGGAUAUAACAGCCUUGGAGCAUUUCCCCGGCAGCAAAAUCAACUUCGUUCUAUGGGAAAUGAGAUGGUAGCUAAUUCUCAAAACUUGAUAUAUCCCUUUCUUGUCAUCUAAUUCAAGGCUGAUGGACCUGGAGGGUCUGCGGGUUUGUGGGUGGCAAAGAAUCAAUGUCUCGGCGGCUCUGCAUCCUGUGUCAAUAUUGCUGAAAGCCUCAAUCGAUGUUUGAGACAAUGCAAAAGCGAGAAGAUCCAGGCGAUUGGUAGCGCUGCAUUCAGUAUCGCUAUGAGCGGCACAGAAGCACGAUUUUGUGUAUCCUGGAAGCAUAAUGAAUUCGAAUAUUAUACACAGAAAGUCGAUAGUUUCUUACUUCAGGAACCUGAAAAUUAUAUAAAAUUCCGCAAAUACAUCCGGAACAUUAUCGAUUGGGGCAAGGAAAAACGUCUGGACGAGAUUCGGAAUUCAUUGGAUAGCCUCCUCGAGGAGAGGGAAAACAGCCUCCCAGCCUCCCAGCCGGCCAAGUCCUGCCCGCUGCCCUGACCAGACGACUCUUUAAGGAGGAGUAGUCAGAGGCGCAAAUUUUCAUCGUCUCGCAGAACCAACACUGUACACGACCGCAGCGUUCCGCCUCAAGACCAUGGAUACGACUCCCUCGCAAACAAUGCUCACGCUCUGCCUCCCGUUAACGACUCCUCUUUCCUAUACGUUCCGCCUCGAGACGAUCCAUAUGAAUACGCUUAGUAGGGUGAGAGUUUCUUAUCAUAAAGUCCUGAAAGCGGUCCAGGUUGUUCCGUCAUCAAUGGUCCCGUUCCAGGAGCUUGAAUUAAAUUUAUUGGUGGGAGGAUGUGUAGCUUGCGGUGCAGACUGAGAGAGAUCUGGAAGAGGUGGAGGAUAAGCGGCUUGGAGCUGGAUUUACUACUUGGGAUUAAUGAAGAGGAGUGAGGUGAUAAUUCAUGAAAUGGAAGAAAUUUCUGAUCCCUGCGUAUGGUCGGCGACGGAUUGAAAUUUGUGAGGG